GCGUUGGCCACAGCGAACUUUCGCGAGAGUUUAUGUAAAGAUGGCUGCUGCAGCAGUUGUAGAGAGGUCUAGAGUGACGGUGAACUUAGACAAAAAUAAGCACCCGCCUCCUUUCUUACCGCCAGAGCUCGGUAACCUGAUCAAGACCACACGGCCAUUCCUUAACUUGAUCAGUAAAGCCAAAGCAGCCAAGUUUGUUCGCGCCCUUGUAGACAUGUUUCUCGACAUGGAGGCUGGCACGGGUCUUGAGGUGGAACUGUGCAAGGAGUGUAUAGACUGGGCUCAGCAUGAGAAGAGGACUUUCUUGCGGCAGUCCCUAGAGGCACGGCUUAUAGCCCUCUACUAUGACACCGCACGCUACACUGAAGCUCUUCAGUUAGGGAGCAGUCUCCUAAAGGAGCUGAAGAAGCUGGACGACAAGAACCUGCUGGUGGAAGUGCAGCUGCUUGAGAGCAAAGUGUACCAUGCCCUGAGCAACCUGCCCAAGGCACCUGCUGCCCUGACCAGUGCUCACACAACAGCCAACGCCAUUUACUGUCCCCCCAAGUUGCAGGCAGCCCUUGACUUGCAGAGUGGGGUGCUGCAUGCUGCUGACGAACGGGACUUCAAAACGGCUUUCUCCUACUUCUAUGAGGCAUUUGAGUGCUACGACUCGGUCGACUCUCCGAAGGCGUUUAUUCAUGGGAGGGAGCGAUAUAAGUACACUUGGAAAGGGGUGACGUAGGCGUCACAUGUUAAC